CGCGUAUUUCACACCUUAUAAGGUUUAACAACUCAACAUAUCUCAGAAGAUAUUAUGGGUGGAGUAAGGUUGCUAGGAUGUCGGCAAAACUACAAACUCGAGAGGAUUCAAAAUCGGAUACAUGCCCUCUCGAUCCGCCGAUAAUUGGACAAAUAUUUCCAACUACUCGUGUAGUUCCGAUGGUGUUGACGAAGGAACCUGUAGUUCUGCCAUUCGACGAUGUGCCUGGACCUAAAAGUCUGAAAUUAUUUGGUCUUACGCGGUACUAUCUCUCUGAAAUCGGAACUCAACUUACCGCCAACCUUCUUACUUUUGGAUUCAACUUUGGUACUUUUGUAAGUCACCGGCAACCUCUUCGGUACCUCACAGCCUUAUUCGACGAAUACGGUCCUGUUGUCCGCUUCGUGAGCCCUAUAGGACGAGAUAUAGUCUUGAUCAAUAAUCCUGAUCACAUUCAAAAAGUUUACGCCAUGGAAGGCGACCAGCCUGUCAGGUCUACUCUUGACAGUUUGGAGAAGUAUAGGGCAGAGCACAGACAUGCUCUUGGAGGCUUAUUCAAUACUCAUGGAGUGGAUUGGAACCGUCAUCGGACGUUAGUGGAUGAACCAUUGAACAAGUCUCUCUCAUCGCACCUGCAUGGUCUUUUUGAUGUAUGCGAGAGCUUCACCCAGAAGAUUUACAACUUUAGAAACCAUCAUGAUGAAAUUAGCAAGGACUUGUACCAAGAGCUUCAUAAGUGGUCUUUCGAUUGCAUGGGACUUCUAAUAUUUUCUAAGAAAUUUACGAUGCUGAAUACAGACUUAAUUUACAGCCAAUGCGAUAUGUCGUGGCUGUACCAUAGUUUGAAGAUGUCUUCUGAGGCAAUAGUAAAGUGUGAGUCGGGCAUGCAUAUGUGGAAGCUGUUCCCGACGCCCACUUGGAAUUCGCUCGUUAAAUAUUGCAAUAAUCUGGAUAAUUUGAUAGGCAAGCAUGUAUUGGAGGCAGAACAAAAAGUUGCUAUGGCCGUUAAUGAAGAACAAGCUACAAAUACGUUGAUAGGUUGCAUGUGUAGUGGUAAAGAAAAAUUGCGACCGGAGGACAUAACCACCGUGUUAAUGGACAUGUUACUAAUUGGAGUCAACACGAUCACAUCAGCAACGUCAUUCAUGUUGUAUUUUCUGGCCAAGCACCAAAAAGCACAAAAAUUACUCUAUCAAGAAAUAGACAAAGUUUAUAAUGACGAUUCAAUACAGGAUGUCAUAAAGAUAGCUGAAGGCAUGCCUUACAUGCAGGCUUGCAUAAAGGAGACCUUAAGAUUAGUGCCUCCAAUCCCAAUCCUGACUCGAAUUUUGCCUAAGAAUAUAACGUUGGAUAGAUACAAUAUACCACGAGGGACACUUAUCAUAAUGUCAAAUCAAGAUGCAUCUCUGAAAGAAAGUAACUUUGACGACGCGACUAAAUUCAACCCCGACAGAUGGUUAAAGUCUGACGCCAAAGAAUACCAUGCGUUUGCUUCUAUUCCAUUCGGCUUUGGUGCCAGAAAAUGUUUAGGCCAGGGCAUUGCCGAAACUAUGAUGACUAUGCUAACUGCUAGGACACUGCAAAAGUUCAAGCUUGAAUACCACUAUGGGGACAUCACACCCACGCGUAAUUUCAUCGUGAAACCUAACAAACCAAUGAAAAUACGAUUUAUUGAUAGAAUUUACAAUUAAAAAAGGUGUAAUAAAAAUUUUACAAAUUUAUAAGGCACACAUCUCAAUUAGUACAUUAAUGUUACUUUUGUUGUGCAAAAGGUCAGGUUUAUUACCAAAGCCACUAUCUACAUUCCCAUUUCAAGUUUCUAAAAAUUUCCUUCACCAUUUGCAUGAAAAGACCAUGUUUCUAAUCUAAUUUCUAGUGGAUCAUAUGUAGUUGUUGUGUUGUUCAAUUUUUAAUAUUGUUAAUGUUGUUUGUUAGUUUUUUAAGAAGUUUUAAUGUGUCUUAAAAGAAUAGUAGAGGAGUAUAAUAUUCCGCAUUGUGUAAACAUUAAAUAAAUCCUAAAGGCUUUUAUUAGGAUUAACAAAUUAAUAGCACAAUAGUACAACUUAAUUCCUAGGCACAAUGUAAACUUGUUUCUUAACUAUUAUUAAUAUAAUGUAGUAUUAUAUUGUGUUGCUUAGUUGUUCAGAAUUAUUGGAAGUAUUGAUUUAAAAAUAUUGUAGUGCAACUGUAAAAUUUGCACUAUCAAUUGAAAAAAUGUUUUUUUCUUGUGCUGUAUUUUUGGUCAUGUCC